CCCGCGCCAAUGGGGCCGGGCCGGGCGCGGGCGGUGCGGCCGAGGGAAGAUGGCGGAGGAGGAGAAGCUGCCCGCGGGUUGGGAGAAGCGCAUGAGCCGCAGCUCCGGCCGUGUUUAUUACUUCAACCAUAUCACAAAUGCCAGCCAGUGGGAACGGCCCAGCGGCAGCGGGAAGAACGGCCAAGGGGAGCCUAGCAAAGUGCGAUGUUCACAUCUCUUGGUGAAACACAACCAGUCCAGAAGACCCUCGUCGUGGAGGCAGGAAAAGAUCACGCGGACCAAAGAUGAGGCACUGGAGCUUAUAAAUGGCUACAUCCAGAAGAUAAAAUCGGGAGAAGAGGAUUUUGAAUCUCUCGCUUCCCAGUUUAGCGACUGCAGCUCGGCAAAAGCGGGCGGUGAUCUGGGCGCGUUUGGAAGAGGUCAGAUGCAGAAACCUUUUGAAGAUGCCUCAUUUGCGCUGAGGGCUGGCGAGAUGAGCGGACCAGUUUUCACAGAAUCAGGGAUCCACAUCAUCCUACGCACAGAGUGAAGUGCCUUGGUGACAUGUAGAAAGGAAAGGGCGAGGGGAAGAAAGGAAAAAAACAAAACAAAACAAAACACAAAAAAAACACACACACAAAAAAAAAAAAAAAAAAACAACAAAAAAAUAACAACCAAAACCUACUCCAACCCUGCACUCUCCCAAAUGAACUUCAUAUCCAGUUUAAAAAAAAAAAAAAGCUCAUUUCAUAUCUCAAUAUCUUCUGUGGCACCUGACACAAUGUUUUUCACCUGCAGAGAUGCAUGGUUAGCCAAGGGUGAGAACACAAUCAAAAUAAGACAGUAGCAUCUUUCAUAAGCAAAGAGAAUGUUAUAAACAACAUUUCUGGCAUGCCACAGCUGCUUGAGUUAUAUUGACAUGUCUCCUAAGCUGAGGAAUUGUCAAUGCUAAAGGUCACACUUCAGUGCUUCCCACAUCCACCCUGCUCGAGACGCAGAGUAUUUAUUGCAGCGCAGCACCGAUGAUGGCGACGCUGACUUGUGAACCCUGGUGCUAUGACAGAACGAACUCCCCCACCCUCUGCAUGUUUGUUUAAACGCAUUUUAACCGGAAUGAACGGCGUUGGCUCUGCAGUCCAGCCUGUUGGCUUGUAGAACUGAUUCACUAAAGCCAUUCAUAAAUUUGACCGUAAGAUAGCAGACGAGGAGCCAGCUUAGCCCAGGGCUCCCGGCCCGCGGUGCCCGGCCGUAGCUUCCCUUAACGCAGCUGUCUGUCUCGGCGAGGAUCGUCCCUCUGUCCUGUCACGCAGUGGCACCGGGAGCUCUCUCCGCUCCUGCCACUGCUUUGACUCUAAAACUUGAAGAUGCCUUUUGGUCCUGAAUGCAAACACGAGAGGCUAACGGCCAGUAGUUGCCACUGCAGGAAGAUCAGUAGCCAGCCUGAGCUGUGUAGCGGUACGUAGGAUGCUGUGUGCUUCCCAUUCCAGCCUGAGGUCACUCCAUUAUUUAGAGACGGCAGUGCCAUUCUGUAGGGCGGACUGUGUUGUGGAUUUUCAGUUUUAGCUAGAAGGCUGGUUUGGUUUUUUUUGUUUGUUUGGGGUUUUUUUGGGUUUUUUUGUUUUUUUUUUUUUUUUUCUCUCAAGCUCCUCUCGAUCCACUUGUGGUUUGAACACUGUAAGUCAUUGUUUUCCAGUUACACUGCAUUGCUUAUGUUUAGUGAAAUAAAAACGGAAAAAGAAAAAAAAAAAUCCCAGCUUUGGUCCAAUGCAAACCAGCUGUAUAGUUCCAGUUCUCUUAAGCAGAAAAUAAAGCCCUCUCCAAUUAAACAGUU